AUGCAGAGACUACCAUUUAAACAGAGAAUAAAGAACAGGAUUUGUAUCCCACUGUCUAAGAACAUUAAUGACCUGCUCCUGCUUUUCCAGCUCUAUGCUGUCUGCAUCACCAGGAUAACACUUGUUAUCUGGGCUGUGAUCCGCAUCGGACCCAACGGCUGUGACAGCAUGGAAUUUCACGAGAGUGGCCUGCUUCGGUUUAAGCAGGUGUCUGACAUGGGCGUCAUACACCCUCUUUAUAAGAGCACCGUAGGAGGAAGGCGAAAUGAAAAUUUGGUCAUCACUGGCAACAACCAGCCUAUUGUUUUUCAGCAAGGGACAACAAAACUCAGUGUAGAAAAGAACAAAACCUCUAUUACCAGUGACAUUGGUAUGCAGUUUUUUGACCCAAGAACUCAAAAUAUCUUGUUCAGCACAGACUAUGAAACUCAUGAGUUUCAUUUGCCAAAGGGAGUGAAAAGUUUGAAUGUUCAGAAAGCGUCUACGGAAAGGAUUACCAGCAAUGCUACCAGUGAUUUAAAUAUAAAAGUUGAUGGGCGUGCUAUUGUGCGUGGAAAUGAAGGAGUAUUCAUCAUGGGCAAAACCAUUGAAUUUCACAUGGGUGGUGAUAUGGAGUUAAAGGCUGAAAACAGUAUCAUCCUGAAUGGGACUGUGAUGGUCAGCCCAACCCGCCUGCCCAGUUCCUCCAGUGGAGACCAGCUGGGUCCCGUGGACUGGGUGCGUUACAAGCUCUGCAUGUGUGCCGAUGGGACUCUCUUCAGAGUGCAAGUGACCAGCCAAAACAUGGGCUGUCAGGUCUCCGACAACCCCUGUGGAAACACUCACUAGAGGAACCCUAGAGGUCAUCAACAUGCUCAUAUCUGGACCUUUUUAAGAGUGUGCAUGUGAAUCACUGAUUUUACAGAGUUUGUGAUAACUCAUUUUAAUUAUUUUAACGGCAGAGCACUACUGUAUCUGUUAAUGUGGUCUCCGUAUUUAAAACGUUCUCAGAGAGCCUAAGUUCUAACACCUUCUAACACCGAUCUUCAAGUUAUUAUUCUCUAAAAUAAUUGUGAGAAGUAAAUAACAUCAAAAUUAAUCUUUAA